UGUGCGUCCUCUGUCCACCGAGAAUGCAAAACGAAAACUGUGGAUUGAGCGAAGCACCGUUGAUCGAUCCAUCCGUUGCUUGCACCCUCCGACAAAAUUCGCACUUCACGGUACGAGAAGGWAUUGUAUCACACGGCAGUCAUUGCUCUGGUUUCUUAACAUAGUUUGUUGGAACUAACGAAAGCAAAAUACACAUUUGUGCUGAGUUGAGAAAAAACAACAACACGGAAAGUUGCUGUAAACCAGCAGUUAAUUCCUCUCCGCGUUGACUUCCUCUCUGAACACCAUCCAUCGCACGAUAGAGAAACGCUCUAAACAAAUCAUCAUGUCGCAACCCUACAAGGCCUCUGCCGAGGACGUCUUGAAGGAAUAUGGGGUUUCCCUCGACCAAGGUCUUUCUGAAGCCCAGGUUUUGGAGCUCCGAAAGAAAUACGGAACCAACGAACUCGAACACGAGGAGAAGACCCCGCUUUGGCAAUUGGUCUUGGAACAAUUCGAUGACAAGCUCGUCCAGAUUCUCCUGGGAGCUGCCUUGCUUUCGUUCGUCUUGGCUUUCUUCGAAGAGGUCGAUCACUGGGUAGAAGCCUUUGUCGAACCGGCAGUGAUUUUGUUGAUUCUCAUCAUCAAUGCCAUUGUCGGUGUCUGGCAAGAGUCCAACGCCGAGAACGCCCUCGAGGCCCUCAAAAAGAUGCAGUCCCUGCACACCCCCUGCCUGCGGGACGGAGUCUGGCAGGACGAACUUCCCACCGAAGAAUUGGUCCCUGGAGACAUUGUCAAGAUCAGCGUGGGAGACCGGGCUCCGGCAGACGUCCGUCUCUGCAAGCUCCUUACGGCCACUCUGCGCAGCGAUGAAGGUGCUCUGACCGGCGAGUCCGAGACGGUCCUCAAGACCACUGAUUCCAUUUCCAGUGGAGAAAAGAUCUCUGACCAAAAGAACAUGGUCUUUGCGGGAACUACCAUUAGCGGAGGAAAGGCAAUUGGAGUCGUUACCUCCACGGGAAUGACCACGGAAAUCGGAAAGAUCCAGUCUGCCGUCACGGAGGCUUCGGAAGAUGCCGAGAAGACCCCCCUCAACCAGAAACUCGACGAGUUUGGAGAUUUGCUCACGCAAGUCAUCACCGGCAUUUGCGUCUUGGUAUGGAUUAUGAAUUUCAACCAGUUUUUCGAUCCUGUCUUUGGUGGUGUCUUCAAGGGAUGCAUCUAUUAUCUCAAGAUUGCCGUUGCUUUGGGAGUAGCUGCCAUUCCCGAGGGACUUCCCGCCGUCAUCACUCUGUGUCUGGCGCUAGGUACCAAGAAGAUGGUCAAGCGCAACGCGAUUGUAAGAAAACUGCCAUCCGUUGAAACUCUUGGUUGCUGUACCGUCAUCUGUUCGGACAAGACUGGUACCCUUACCACCAACCAAAUGGUUGUAGAGGCAUUGGUCGUUCCCGACGCCCAGGAGGGAGACCUCCAGGAAUUCUCCGUGACGGGAACCGGAUACGCCCCCACGGACGGAGUUG